AUGGCACUCAAGGGGUCCAAGACCGAACAGAACCUCAAGGACGCGUUCGCGGGCGAGUCGCAGGCGAACCGUCGCUACCUUUACUUCGCCGCCAAGGCGGACGUCGAGGGCUAUAACGACGUCUCCGCCGUGUUCCGCUCCACCGCGGAGGGCGAGACCGGCCACGCCCACGGCCACCUCGACUACCUGGUGGAGGUCGGGGACCCGGCGACCGGGCUUCCGAUCGGCGGCACCUCCAAUAACCUCAAGGCCGCGAUCGCGGGCGAGACCCACGAGUACACGGACAUGUACCCGGGCAUGGCGAAGACCGCCCGUGGCGAGGGGCACGAGGAAAUCGCGGACUGGUUCGAGACCCUCGCCAAGGCCGAGCGGUCCCAUGCCAACCGCUUCCAGAAGGCCCUCGACGGGCUGGACGCCUGA